AUGACUACCAGCUAUCUGCCACCUGGUUUUGUUUUUCUGUCCCGAGCCCUGUUCUUCGUUGUCAUCGUCCCAUCCUCCGCUUUCUGGGCUCUCCAAACCUUAGCUGGUUUCAGUCUUCCUGUUUGGCUUUCCUUUGCCGUCCCUUUGGUAUUACAGCUCGUCUUUGUAGUGGCCCGCAACUGCUUCACGAGCUUUACAAUCGAAAGGCAUGCCGCUGCACAAGGCGCUAUCAUGACACCCAGUGUCCAGGGAAGCAGCUUCUCCAUCCUACGACAAUUGGUAUACGGCUUUACGAACGGAUACCCGAGUGAAGUAUUCCAGAAGUGGAGCGAACAAUACGGAAACACCUUCGUAUUCGACGCUUUUUCGGACAAGCGGAUAUUUACAACUGAACCAGAGCACAUAAAGGCCGUCCUAGCGACACAAUUUCAAGACUUUCAGAAAGGCCAUGUCUUCUUCGUCGCUGCGGAAUCUCUUCUCGGUUCUGGGGUUUUUAACUCAGAUGACGAUAUUUGGAAGUUUCAUCGGACGAUGACGAGGCCUCUCUUCAACAAGGAUCGAAUUUCUGACUUUGAUAACUUCGAAAGACACGCCGUUAGUACAAUCUCCCAAAUCAAAUCGAGAUUGAGGGAGGGAUAUCCGGUCGAUUUUCAGGAUGUUGUCGCUCGCUUCACUUUGGAUUCGGCUACAGAGUAUUUGUUCGGGAAAGACGUGAACUCGACAUCCGCAGGCCUCCCCUACCCGGCUGGAUCUCCACUUGCCGGCAAUCCCCAUUUCGUCAAUCACCUGUCUAAUAUGUUCGUCAAGGCAUUCGCAGCGGCACAGGAACAAAGUGCCAUUCGACUUCAGAGAGGGCAAUACUGGCCGCUCUUUGAAUUCAAGGCAGACGCGGUAAAGCCCCUUCGGCGAGUCGUCAAUGAGUUCGUCGAGCCUCUACUCGCCGAGGCUCUUAGUAGAAAGGCUAACAGCCCUAAGCUGGUGGAGAAUGAGAAGGACUCCGAUGAGGGCAUGUCCUUGUUGGCCCGUCUCGUGGAAAAUACCGACGGCGCGUACACCGAGGUUAUUCAAGAUGAACUUGUGAACAUCCUCGUCGCCGGUAGAGAUACCACGGCUUCUCUGCUGACUUUUGCGGUGUAUAUGAUGUGCGAGCAUCCAGAAAUGGCUACUCGCUUACGGUCGGAGAUCCUCGAGAAAGUUGGCACAAGGACACCCACUUACGAGGACAUUCGUGAUAUGAAAUAUUUGCGAGCAUUCCUGAAUGAGACUUUACGGCUGUAUCCAUCUGUCCCGCUGAAUGGCCGUUCGUGCAAAGUGGCUACUACCCUUCCGAACAAAGGACGCGCACCAUAUUACGUUCCGAGUGGUACAAGGGUCACUUAUUCCGUAUUCUUGAUGCAUCGACGGACGGAUUUAUGGGGACCGGACGCUCUCGAAUUUGACCCGGGUCGAUUCCUCGAUCAGCGCCUGCAUAAGUAUUUGACUCCGAACCCAUUCAUAUUUGUCCCCUUCAAUGCAGGCCCAAGAAUUUGCCUAGGCCAACAGUUUGCUUAUAACGAGGCUUCGUAUUAUCUUAUACGACUCCUCCAAACGUUCUCUUCUUUCAGUCUCGCUAUGGACGCACAACCCGCCGAAGGAAUUCCUCCCAAAAAUUGGACGAAGACUCCGGGAACGACUAAAGGGAGAGAUAAGAUCAUGUUCGGGUUACAUUUGACGAUGUAUGCUAAGGCUGGUAUGUGGGUCAGAAUGGAAGAAGCGAAAGACGACGCGUGA